AUGGAAGACGUUUGCUCUACUCUUGACUCUUCAGGGGAGAUGAAACGUGCUCGUAUUGCCCUGAAGAAGGUCUCAGUAGGAAGACAGAAACGUUUGCAAUUACGCCUAGGACGUUGCCAACCACGCCCAGGACAAGCCGUCGCUUUCAGACGUAUUCGUCAUAAAAUAUCGACACCAGCAUGUUUGCCACGAGCAGCUACUGUUGUUCCCCGCACGACUGAGCCAAGAGAACGUCUAAUCACCGCCUCUUCCCGCUGUUAA